CUGCUGUGAAUUAUAGUUUUUUAUCUGGGAAAACAUACGUUUUCUGUUCGCUGCUCGUCAUCGAAAUUUUCUCAGUCAUUUGGCAAUCCGCAAAACGUUUUCUCUAUCGCCCACCAUGAACAACCGUCACAAUGCCCGGGCCAUUCGUGCCGCAGCCGCCGCCGCCGGUGUGCCAUCAAAUGAGGAACUGAAAACGAAGUCGCUGCCGAAGCUGGUGCACUCCGAAGCGAGUGUGAAGGGUUCCGUUCUCUAUGUGGAUGUGGUGAAGAAUAUGCCCCUGGGCAAGCAUGCAACGGCCGAGCAACCGCCGGAAGACUCGCCACCAGAGUUCAGCUUUUUCCGCGAGGACUUUCCGGCACUGCCGGGCGGGCGGCGCGCAUCGGCCUCCUCUGUGCCCGACGACUGGACGAGCAUGAUCAGCGACGACGAGGAGCUCGUAGUAAACAUUCCGCAGACCCCGAACAUAGCCUCGUCCCCCACUGAGAAGACCUCUGAGGACGAUUUGGUGGCAGAUGAACCCAAAUCCGUGUACAGUCUGAUUUCUUCAGCAGAGGAAGCGUCUUUGGCCAGCGAGCCAGAGGCUGAACCCAAUAAUUGCGAGCUCAAGGAGGAGUCGCCCAAGGCAGCUCUAGAGGAGCGUGACUCCAGCAGCCCCCUCAGCUCCUCCUUCGAACUCAAUGGAUAUUCCUCCGACUACUUCCCCGUAAGCGCCAGCCGUGUGCCCGAACCCGUAGCGUCGGAGCUGCUCUGUGAAGUCAGCGUCAUAUUUUCCAAACAGUUCAUGCAGGAGGGAGUGCGACAACGCGCCAUGAAAGGUUCCCAUCGUCAGCUGGCUCCAGCUGCCCCAGGCGGUGGCGAGGGGACCAAGAUACGCGUCUCCCUCAAGACACACACCACGGGCUUUCCCGUGGGCGGUGUGAACUUUGAACGCGAGCUGCCAGCCAGAAACUCUGCGCCCCAUGGAGCCGGUAUGGCCGGAGUCUACGGCCUGUUGGGACUGGCUGGAAGGCUGGGCGUAGCCCAAGACGAUCCCGAUAUUAUACCCAUGAUCUAUGGCGAAGACGAUCUAAUGAGCAUGGGGAAUCACUUCCCUGACGCCAGCGCCCGCAACCUGUACUCAGCCUUUGCUGGGCCAUUCCAGGGCUUUUACUGUGGCCUCAAUGACGGCAGCUUCAAUGUGCCACCGACACGUCAAAUGGCCAGCCGACUCGGCCUGGAUCAGCCCAAAAUGUCGCAGAUGCAGGAGGAGCUGCUGUUCUUCUACUUCUACAACUGCCCCGGCGACAUGCUGCAGAUGCUGUCGGCCGCCGAGCUGGCCGAUCGCAAUUGGCGCUACCACAUGUCCGAGUGCCUGUGGCUACGUCGGCAGGCGGAUAAUCCCAACUACGUUUACCUCGGCUUCCAGGAGUCCGGCGAGUACAAUUUCUUCAACAAGUUGCAAUGGGUGAUUCAGCGUCGCUACUUUUACCUGGAUCCCGACCAAAUAGAGCGCACGCUCUCCAAGGAGGAAUUGUUCGAGAAAUACGGCUACCAUCCACAGAUGUAGGCCCACCCACAGAUGACACUUCCGCGCUGGGCAACACACACUCAAACUACACUCCGCAGGCAGCACCACACACCUACACAAAUCUUUGCUGGAACUUAGAUACUUGUCAACUUAUCUGCGAUAUUUACACACAAAACACACACAAUUAUUUGGCACCCUUUACCUGUACUUGCAAAAGGGUAAUAUGUUAGAAAUAAAUAUAAACGUAACACCUAGA